UUCGCCAGUGGUCAAAUUGAGUAAAAGAAAUGUACAUUUGGUUGAUAACGUUACAACUCAUUUGUUGUCGCACGGUGUUAACAUGGCUUGAAUUAAAUACAUUUAAUGCAUUUUGGUUGAUCCAUCUUCCCCUGGAUUUCGACAAGUUGUAAAAUAAAGACGGCCUUGGAAAGAGCGCGCGCGGAUAAUUGCGGGCUGUGCGUGUGACAUCACACAUAUCCAUUACUAGCUCUUCUCUGCAUUGAUCGGGUUUGUAUUUAGGGGGAUGGGGCCGUGCAGAGGAUGAUAGAGCUCUCAUGGUGUUGUACUUUACUUCUUGGCUAAAUCCUUCCACUUCCUAACCGAGCCACCCACAUUGUUUUAUAUAUAGUACUAAUUCACGUAUGUAUUUUGGCGACGUUUGACCUGAGAAAAGUGGAGUAUCCGUACGACCACGGUGCACGCUGAAAAACUACAAAAUGUAUUCUAGUGGAGCUGCUGGAGCUGCUGAGAUGCUUGAACCACCUCACUCCUCGGGGUCAAUUGGCCCUGACCCCUCUGAUCCAGAUCCCCCGUCUCCCCCAGUGCCAGAGUAUGUGUUCAAACCCCCCUCGCGGCCAGACUUUGGCACCAUGGGCAGGACAAUCAAACUGCAGGCCAACUUCUUUGAGAUGGAGAUCCCCAAACUGGAGGUCUACCACUACGACAUUGACAUCAAGCCAGAGAAAUGCCCCAGAAGGGUCAACCGGGAAAUUGUGGAGCACAUGGUACAGCACUUUAAAACGCAGAUCUUUGGGGAUCGAAAGCCAGUGUAUGACGGGAGGAAGAAUCUCUACACAGCCACGCCCUUACCUAUAGGCAGGGAAAAAAACACCUGUGUCCCCAAACAGGUGGAGCUGGAGGUGACCAUCCCAGGCGAGGGGAAAGACCGGAACUUCAAAGUGGCCAUAAAGUGGGUGUCCUGCGUCAGUCUGCAAACUCUUCAAGAAGCCCUGUCUGGACGACUGCCAAACAUCCCCUUUGAGACCAUCCAGGCCCUGGAUGUGGUCAUGAGACAUUUGCCCUCUAUGAGGUACACCCCCGUUGGACGUUCUUUCUUCACCCCUUCAGAGGGAUGCUCCAACCCCCUGGGCGGGGGCAGGGAGGUCUGGUUUGGGUUCCACCAAUCGGUUAGGCCUUCCCUGUGGAAGAUGAUGCUAAACAUUGACGUGUCGGCCACUGCCUUCUACAAGGCCCAGCCUGUGAUUGAGUUCAUGUGUGAGGUUUUGGAUUUCAAAAGUAUCGAAGAACAACAGAAACCCUUAACCGACUCCCAGAGAGUAAAGUUUACCAAGGAAAUCAAAGGUAAUCAUUCAUUACCAGGUCUGAAGGUUGAGAUCACUCACUGUGGUCAGAUGAAACGGAAGUACAGAGUAUGUAAUGUUACUAGAAGACCGGCCAGCCACCAGACGUUUCCACUGCAGCAGGAGAAUGGCCAGACCAUAGAAUGCACAGUAGCGCAGUACUUCAAAGACAAGUACAAACUCAUACUGCGCUACCCCCACCUCCCCUGUCUACAGGUCGGACAGGAGCAGAAACACACCUACCUCCCCCUCGAGGUCUGUAACAUAGUGGCUGGCCAGCGGUGCAUCAAGAAGCUGACCGACAAUCAAACAUCCACUAUGAUCCGUGCCACAGCCCGAUCAGCACCUGACCGUCAGGAAGAGAUCAGCAAACUGAUGAGAAGUGCCAACUUUAACAAUGAUCCUUACGUGCGUGAGUUUGGGGUGAUGGUGAGGGAUGAGAUGACCGAGGUGAACGGCAGAGUCCUCCAGGCCCCAUCCAUCCUCUACGGAGGGCGGCAGAAUAAAGCAAUAGCAACUCCCAUCCAGGGAGUGUGGGACAUGAGGAACAAGCAGUUCCACACUGGCAUAGAGAUCAAGGUGUGGGCCAUCGCCUGCUUCGCCCCACAGAGACAGUGUACUGAACUCCUGCUUAAGGCGUUCACAGACCAGCUGCGUAAGAUCUCUCGCGACGCGGGGAUGCCCAUCCAGGGCCAACCCUGUUUCUGUAAGUACGCUCAGGGGGCGGACAGCGUGGAGCCCAUGUUCAAACACCUGAAGUACACCUACCAGGGCCUGCAGCUGGUGGUGGUCAUCCUGCCUGGGAAGACACCAGUCUAUGCUGAGGUGAAGCGUGUUGGUGACACGGUGCUGGGCAUGGCCACCCAGUGUGUCCAGGUCAAGAAUGUUCAGAAAACCACUCCCCAGACCCUCUCUAACCUCUGCCUGAAGAUCAACGUCAAGCUGGGCGGGGUCAACAACAUCCUCCUCCCACAGGGCAGGCCCCUGGUGUUCCUGCAGCCAGUCAUCUUCCUGGGUGCUGAUGUCACUCACCCUCCUGCUGGAGAUGGGAAGAAACCCUCCAUCGCUGCAGUGGUGGGGAGCAUGGACGCCCACCCCAGCCGCUACUGUGCCACGGUGCGGGUGCAGCAGCAUCGCCAGGACAUCAUCCAGGACCUGGCCACAAUGGUCAGAGAGCUGCUCAUCCAGUUCUACAAGUCCACCCGCUUCAAGCCCACCCGGAUCAUCUACUACCGCGACGGCAUAUCUGAGGGCCAGUUCAACCAGGUUAGACUUGAGGUGCUCCAACAUGAGUUACUGGCAAUCCGUGAGGCCUGCAUCAAACUGGAGAAGGACUACCAGCCCGGUAUCACCUUCGUGGUGGUGCAGAAGAGACACCACACUCGACUGUUCUGCAUGGACAGAAACGAGAGGGUUGGUAAGAGUGGCAACAUCCCUGCAGGCACCACAGUGGACACCAAAAUCACUCACCCAUCGGAGUUUGACUUCUAUCUGUGUAGCCAUGCUGGCAUUCAGGGGACCAGCCGACCGUCCCAUUACCACGUGCUGUGGGACGACAACCAUUUCACCUCGGACGAGCUGCAGGUGCUAACCUACCAGCUGUGCCACACCUAUGUGCGCUGCACCCGCUCCGUGUCCAUCCCUGCACCAGCCUACUACGCCCACCUGGUGGCAUUCCGUGCCCGUUACCACCUGGUGGAUAAGGAGCAUGACAGUGCGGAGGGCAGUCACACGUCGGGACAGAGCAAUGGGCGUGACCAGCAGGCUUUGGCCAAGGCCGUUCAGAUCCACCAGGACACACUGCGCACUAUGUACUUCGCCUGAAGCACCGGGGGCGGGCAUUGGUGAGAAAGACCCAACAGGGAAGAAGCCCUCUCUCCUCCCACCUAACCCCCUUACUGUAUCAGGUGUGGGUGUUAAGUGGGUUUGUCGUCUUGUCUCUCCCUGCCAGUAAGGGGGAAUGAUACCAAACAAAUUAGGGAGUUUUUUUUCUCUCCAAAAUGUCCACAAUUAUUUUCAAACAUGCAUACAAAACUGCUUUCUCCCCCCCUUCCUGGCCUAACCCUGGUCAUUAUUAGGCAGUACUAUGUAAAAUGAUUCCUCAGAAAUGGGUUGUGGUGGAAUGGACUCCUUUAUUUUACAUGUUGUACAUUUGUUUGUAUUUGUAAAUGUGGGGGAGAGAUAUGUAUUACUUUUCUUUACACUGACAGUUGGAAAUACUUGUAUCAAACUAAGGGGCGGUAUCAUCACACUUUGGUGGUGUUUAGACACUAUACAGUUUUCUGAAGGGGUCUCCAGGGUUGAAAGGAGGUGGGGAUAUCAAAGACGAGAACAGUCCCGAUAGGUUUAUAAUCAUUCUUACUCUUCACAACUUUAUUUAUCAGCCAAUCAAAGCAAAGUGCACUGACCAGGACUUAAGUACACAAGUACUUAACAUCUUAUCUUUUCAUUUGUAUGUACUAUGAAUUUAACAGGCUUGGAUACAGUACCAGCCUCAAGAGUAUUUGUCCUCCAACACUGGUGACCAACACGUUUUUAUGCUGCAUCUGAUGACCGCUAAGCAAGUAAUUUUUGUAUUAGAUUUUCAUUAGACUUUGAAACUGUUAACACUUGUUUUUUAUCAAGACUUAUACAAAUUAAUAAUAUGAAAUUGUAACGACAGCAAUUGUUGCUGUCUUGCCUUUUACUUGGACUGGGUUGUUUUGUCAAUCUAUGGCCAGUGUGGCCAGCGAAUAGAUUUACUAAUAGAAUGGGACUGGUUCCCAACAGACACCUUUUGUGUUCUCUGAGCCACAUUACAUGUGAAGACAUCUACAUUGGGGGGGGGGGGGGGGGGUCAAGUCUCUUGAAAUGAAAUCUGUUGUCUCGUUUUAGUGUCCCCCUUAUUUUCAUGCAAUCUAUUUUAAGAAUUUGUGCGUAGAUGACUUACACGUUCGAUUAAAGCAUUUGGAUAUUGUUAACCCUAUCUAGUUUUCUUUAUGGUUUUAUGGCAGCGAAAUGGUUUUCUGGGGGGGGUGUAGUUGUAAUGCUGUCAUCUCGUAGUACAGUUGAUGUAUGAAUCGGUAUAGUAGAGUGAAGCCUGUGAUGUCAAUGUCACACGUGUAGGUACUGGACUGAAGAUGAGGUGGGGUUCUAUUGGGGGAGAAAAGAUUCCAGAGACUGCUAGAUAUUUUCUCUUUGUUAUUCCUCUAAAAAAAGGGAGCAAUUAUGCUAUUCUACUAGUCGAGCAAAGUUGUACUUUUUUUGUUUUUUACGCAAGUAGUUUAAUUGUGGGCUUUGUAUCAUAGCCUCAUGGGAUAUAGGGUAUAUUUUGAAUACGCUUUUAGAAGAGAAUGAUAGAAGGAAUUUUUCAAAACGAUUGUCCGGUAUGUAGUUAUAAAGAAUAUUAAAAACACAAAAAAAAAAAGUUUAUGCAGAGCUUGCAUGAAGAAAUUGUAAUGCCUUCCAAAAUGUUUUUUAUUCCCUUUUCUGUUCUCCUUAGUAAUGACAUUUUAGCAGGGUUUUUUCAUAUAGCUUAGAUUGGCUGGCUUUUAUCUCGCUCUUUUCUAACUAUGCAUUGUUUUUAACCAAGAGAUUUUAGCAGUGACCUUUCCCAAAUAUGAAUUUAGGACAUUUGUAGAGUAGUAGUUUUUUGUUGCUUGGUGCGUUUUAAUAGCAUUUGUAGUGCUUCUUCCCUAGACCUUUGUAAUGUUAUGGGGGGUUGUGUUGUCAUUUGUAUUGUAUAUUUGAUAGCACAAAAAAUGAGGUGUAUACUUUGUAGAACACACAUCACUCUUCUUAGCCAAACAAGAUUACACAUUUUAUACAAAAUUCAUGUUCUAAAGAAACUGAAGCACAAGAUAACAUUUUUAAUUCCAGGUGCUCGACUUUCUCUUUCACUAAUGUCACCUUAUAUCUCAAUGGACUUGUCCAAGAUGCUCUUCACUUGCCAUAAGUAUGGUAAUAGAUGCUGAAGUGGUUUUGAAUACUUUUUUUUUCUCUCUACCUUAAUGACAUACAUUUCUCAUUACCUUCAAAGUCAUCCGAAGUCCGACUGACUGUUUGUGGAGCAUUCUUAGAAAUUAAGUACUUGAUAUUUACUUGUUUUUUUUUCUUUUUCUUUGCUGGUCUCGCGAUUUGUACAUUUUGAUGCAUUUUUGAUAGUAGUGAACAUAAAUUCCAUUGAUUGGUCAAGCCAAGCAGGAGACCCGGACAUACAUUAUGUGCAAUUGUGUUGAAAUGGCUGUGUGUUCUACCUCUUGUUACCUGUUCAAGUGUUAUGGUAACGUCACACUGUUGGUCAUUUCUUCAUAAUUACACAGGAUGUUAUAUCUGGUUGUCACGUGUUUAAACCUUUGUCAUGUAUGACAGUCAGUGAACCUGCGUUCUGUAGUCAUAGUUUCAUAGUUCUUGUGUGGGAUCUUAAAUCUUGUUCAAAGAUGUUUCCAAAACAAACAAAGUGAUUUGAGAGCAAAUGAUUUGAUCGUAACAAGCUUUUUAUUUGAAUUGUUUUAUGCGCCAAUGCAUUAAUGUUUAGUACCUCCUUGCAUAUCUUUGGAGAUGGAUGGAGUUGCCUAACAGACUGCGUUGUAAACAUGUUGGUAAAGCCAAGGCUAAUAACAAUUUAGCUGCUCACCCACAAUUUGAUGAUUAGUAUUGUACAUUGACAUUUUUCUUUUAAGCUAUUUGCUUAAUACUUUUGAAUAUGCAACAUGUACUGCUCUGCUCCCAUAGAUACACAUGGGGUACAUAGAAAGGCAUCUCCCAUGUUGCUUUAAUUGGGUUCAUUGAAUGAAAUGUUGUUUUUGGAAUGCGUCGUCUUAGCUCCCCUCAUUGUCUCUCAUUUGAUUCAUAUUUGCUACAGUCAACCCAACAAAUGGCAGGUUUUAGUUAAUACAGUUCAAGUAGACAUGAUUGAUAACAUGAGUUGUUGUUGCUGUGUUAACUAAUCAAGCAUGACUUGUUGUAGGGUGCACUGGUCAAAACAGCAUGUUUGCUUGUCCAUUGAAUUGUGAACAUUCUCCUUUCAAUAUGGCUAAAGCUCAACUUUUCAUACUACCUUUUUUCAUCCGUUUUCCCUCCCCGAAGUCUGCCUCGCCUUUUGUUCACCCUAAACUUGUUUCUUGGGAGUUGUGGUCUUGUUACUGCUUAUUUGUGUUUUAAGUUACUUAUUUAUACACAGCACCUUGGAUUAUACCAGACCUGUACAGCAUUGCUUUUCCUGAAAAUAUCCAAAACAUUUGAUGUUAUUUUGCACUAAAAUAAAAACCCUUUUGGAGCUGUAGUAUAGUCACUAGUUUAUUGUCUGAGAAAAUGAGACCAGAUCAGCUGGUGAUAUGAUGCAUGAGUCUCAAUACCAGGCUAGUUUGUCUGAGACCAUAUCAAGUCAUUGCAUUGACAACUGGUCCCAGAUUACACACAAUCAAAUUGUAUUGGUCACAUACACGUGUUUAGCAGAUGUUGUAGGAAAUGCUUGUUUGUAGCUCCAACCGUGCAGUAAUAUCUAACCAUUUCCCAACGUAUACCCAAUACACACAUCUAAGUAAGGAACGGGAUUAAGAAUGUAUACAUAUACAGACGAGCAAUGUCAGCGGCAUAGACUACGAUACAGUAUAUACAAAUGAGAUGAGUAAUACAACAUAUGUAAACUUUAAUAAAGUGGCCAGUGAUUUCAAGUCUGUGUGUAUAUAGGCAGAAGCCUCUGUGCUAGUGAUGGCACACUAAGCCAGACAUUCAGAUGGUUACACCUAGGCCUGUUUGUCGAGAGGGUUUCUCCCAGCCAGCAUGCAGUGGGGAUUCACUGAAAAUAAUGCCCUUUUAACGUCAUCGUCAGAUAAAUAACUGCCACUGGGUUGUCAUUGAAUCUCCUCCCAGAAGAGGGUGCUAUUCAUAAUUCUAUUUAGCUUUUGUAUUUCUAUGGCCAUGAAAAAGUUGAGGGAAAACCAUAUGCAAAACAAUAGUCAAAACUGACAUUUAUCUUACCAUGUAUUAGGAUGAUGGGUAGACGUCUGGUAGUUGGAACGUUCUGAUUGUAUAGCUUAUUGGUUGUGUAAAUGUGUAGCUAUAGUCUGAUGCCAAAGUUGUGUGUGUGGAAAAAGGGUCCAGCAAGUUGUUGGUUAAAUGUGUAUUACCUGCGUUGUUGUGGUCGCCAGAAUUAGAGAAGUCAGAGGCAUCAAAAAAUGUGACAGAAUUAGUAGCAUAUCCGUAUGUAGGAGUUGACUGCACACCUUUUUUGAUCGGAGAACACCAUGCUAUAUUUAAGCAAUAAGGCACCUUGGGGGUUUGUGGUAUACGGCCAAUAAACCACAGCUAAGGGCUGUUCUUAGGCGCAACGCAUUGCCUGGACACAGCUCUUAGCCAAGGUAUAUUGGCCAUAUACCACAAACCCCCAAGGUGCCUUAUUGCUACUGGUUACCAAGGGGCGGCAGGUGGUUAGAGCGUUGGGCCAGUAACCGAAAGGUUGCUGGAUCGAAUCCCGAGCUGACAAGGUAAAAAGCUGUCGUCUGCCCUUGGAUAAGGCAGUUAACCCACUGUUCCCUGGUAGGCCGUCAUUGUUAAUAAGAAUUUGACAUGAACUGACUUGCCUAGUUACAGGUUACAUUUAAAACCAACAUAAUUAGAGCAGUAAAAAUAAAUUGUUGGCACACCCAUGGUAUACGGUCUGAUAUACUGUGGCUUUUAGCCAAUUAGCAUUCAGGGCUGGAACCACCCAGCUUUAAACGAUUUAGUUUAAAGUCAAAUCAGGAAUGUACGCAAGUGAGAUACAGUUGCCAUAGGGAAGUCAUCCGUAGAUGGAAUGUGGAUUUGGUCUUGUACAAAAUAACAUUAAAAUCAUGCACAGACUAUCUCAAGUUAGUAAUUAAUGCAUGAAAUCAAGACCUGCAUAUGCAUCGUGGGCUGUGAAUAACAACUAUGUUGAUGGGGGUGUUUUCUUGUAUUAGAAGGCAUAUCAUGUUAAUAGAUAAUUGGAACUGAACAGUAGCUUUACAUUCUAGUCCCAAGCCCUUGCAGGAAAAGGUGCUCUUCAUAUAAGGCUGAGACUCCAAGUCCUAUCAGAAGGUCUUUGUAUUAUCAAUAUUUAUGAUUAAAUUGAUGUUGAGCAUUUGCCACCUGAUUUUGUACUGUCAGUCUGAAUAUUUGUGGAAAACAAAUAUCGAUAACUAAAGGUUAUGAAUAAUAAGUCUGUCUUAUACAUAAAAUGACAAUAGAUCCAAUAUUUAUCUUGAUCAUGCUUAUUUGAGUCGUUGGAGUGUUUGCGUGACAUUUUCAAAGGUAUUUGAGAUGGUUUAGCUUCUCCUCCAUUGCUUAGCUUUACCCUGUAGUAGUUUUCACUUGUAUAGCUUUGAUUUGGGCAGAACAUUGUCUAGAUGGACUGAGUGGUAGUAGUAUAGGCUGGCUUUUCUAUCCUAUCCAGCUAAGGUAAUGGCUCCUGUAUUACAGAGGAAAGUGAAAGCAAACAACGUAAAUUACAAAGCGGGUGCUAUCUGUGUUCAAACUAUUUUAUACUGCGGGCAAACAAAAAAUAUAUAAAAUCGGAUGUGUGUACAGAAAGGUCGCUCUCCUUUACCCAUCUUCCCUCGAAGGUCUACAUUUGACAUAACAUCCCUGUUUAGUAGAGUAACUUAUUUUCUUAACUCAAAUGUAACAAUGAAUGUAGUUAUGGCCAGUGUAUUUGUAAUAUUAAGUUGUAUCCACCUGUAAUUUAUGCUUGUAUCCAUAACUUUUUUUUUAUGCAUGCUCAUUAGCUUCAGUCCACAAACCUUAAACUGAUUGGCUCCUGAAAGUGGGAUAAAGUCCAACUUCAGUCUUUGUUUUCCUAAGUACCUUAGCAUAGGCUAACAUCACAUAUUGUCAAAUAAUUAAUUCCCCUUCUGUCAUCACAUUGAAUAGACAUGAGUAAGAAACUGAUUAUAGUCUCAUACAUCUUGUUCAUCAGAAAGCAAAAUGUUAUCAUUUAAUAGUUGAUUUCUUAGUUACAUUUGAAAGCUAUCACGGGAACAUUUAGACUUCUAUAAAAUAAAACAGUUUUGCUACAUAGUGUCACACUGGUGCAAAGAUCGGUCCGUUUUAUCUUUUUCCUUUGUGUGUGUGAUUUUUGGCUUAUGCUCGUCUUGGUUCUGAUAUUCCACUACAGUACACAGUUUUAUGGAAAAUGACUAAUGCUGUCUCAGGCAACUAAUCCAACAUUUUAAUUUUGUGUUAACACCUUGGAAUGUCUGCAAAUGUCCAAGUUUUUAAGAUGCUUAUGAUCUCUAACAUGACGUGAUGCUGUCUCAGUGCCAUGGCUUCAGCAUGUCCUGCUGUGAUGAGCGUCCCAUAUCUCAGUCUUCUCUCCCCCUUGAGUAAACGGCACGAUUGUUUUCUAGUGUUCUUCGGUUGAGCUGAUUCCAAGCACUAGGCCAGGAUUGUCGUUAUGCCAAGCUUGACCCCCUAUGAUCCUAUUUAAAAAGAGAACAGAGCCUUCAUAGCGCUUCACCAAACUAAUGCCAUAUAUGUGCAUUUAACAUGCAGGACUGACAUGGAUAUGUUAUAUCCUUCUGAAAGAAUUGAGGGCUUCAGAAUGACUUGGCUUUUUAUAUACCAACUUAGUAAACUACCUCAAAACGGUCUCGGGUGCUAGUGUUUAUCCCUAAUUUAUGACGAAGACAAAAAUCAAUUGUAGUGACCAAACAACAUAAGCCAAUGCUGUGUAUUAGAUGACAUUAUUUUACAUCCCAAAAAUGUAUUACAGAUUAACUUUACAUACAAAAACAAAGUUCAAGGGACCAAAUUUUGUAAUUGCAGUUCAAGUCUCAAUGUUAUUAUAUAUGCAUGAGAGUCCUCUUAAUUUUUUUUUAUAACUGUAGUGAUAACAAAAAUAACCAAUGAACGCUUAGCUAGCAGAAACUGAGUUGGGAGGAGUUUGCGUAGCAAUAUAAGCUGUAGUCAUGACUGGAUGAUAUAUUGACGUGCCAAUCAAAUGGCUAUUUAUUCGUUCAUCUAAUCACUUACUAUUCCUGCUAUAAGUUUUUGGUAGUAUUCAAUAUAAAUAAUGGGCUGCAGAUGGAGGCUUGUCAAUGGGAUGAUGUAUGCAGAGCAAUAACUACUGUCCAAGCUAAGGUUGUGAUAGUAGUCCAAGCUAAGGUUGUGAUAGUAGUCCAAGCUAAGGUUGUGAUAGUAGUCCAAGCUAAGGUUGUGAUAGUAGUCCAAGCUAAGGUUGUGAUAGUAGUCCAAGCUAAGGUUGUGAUAGUAGUCCAAGCUAAGGUUGUGAUAGUAGUCCAAGCUAAGGUUGUGAUAGUAGUCCAAGCUAAGGUUGUGAUAGUAGUCCAAGCUAAGGUUGUGAUAGUAGUCCAAGCUACGGUUGUGAUAGUAGUCCAAGCUACGGUUGUGAUAGUAGUCCAAGCUACGGUUGUGAUAGUAGUCCAAGCUACGGUUGUGAUAGUAGUCCAAGCUACGGUUGUGAUAGUAGUCCAAGCUACGGUUGUGAUAGUAGUCCAAGCUACGGUUGUGAUAGUAGUCCAAGCUUACCGUUGUGAUAGUAGUCCAAGCUACCGUUGUGAUAGUAGUCCAAGCUACGGUUGUGAUAGUAGUCCAAGCUACGGUUGUGAUUUGCUUGACUAGGUGUAAUGCAAGUCUCACCUAGUGAGCUACAUGAACCCUGCCUUGUGAUCUAGAGUCAACUACAGCAGGCCUCAGACUCGGUGGUGUCUUUCAUUCAGCCUUUAAGCGAUGGAUGUCUGAUAAAUGGAAUGUACUUGUAGCUUAGCAGACACAAUCUGCAUCUUUAAGUGAUUUUAUCCAGUUCCGCAAUAAAACCACCAAGGCUUUUAUUUCAUUUGUUGUUGUUGCCCUUUACCAGUUUUAAUCUGUUCUUACACCCAGAAAAAGGAAAAUAACUAUCAAACUAUUAAUUAUCCACAUUUGUAAUGUUUUAGAUGAGGCUAAUAUAUGUAUUUUUGCAUGCUACAUUUUACGAAAUUAAUACAUUUGAACUACACUUUCCUCAAUGUUUUGUACAUUGACAUGAUAUACAGAUGUAACCUACUGGCAUAUUUCAGUCACUUAAGAUAAUCUGAUAGCCCAAUGGAAAGGUACAACAAAGGUAUGGAAAUUAAAUUCCAAUUCUCGUGUCAUUGUCAUCUGAUCUGAAAACAUGUUUUUAUGGUGUGCCUUUUUAGAGAUUUAUUUUCCACCAAUCCUAUUUGAGUUGCUCACCCAUAUUUGAUUUACAGCACCACAUAAAAUAAUGUCCACAUUAUCAUGCAACCUUGAGUGAAGACGCUGCAUAGAGUGAUCAGUAUUUGUGUUUUGCACUUUCAAAGCAGUUUAAAAAAAUGCCCGCUUAAGGCUGGGCAGACAGAAAAAUGUAUAAAACACAAGGUAUUUUAUGCUAUCAACAUGAAUAAUAUGACUGAAGAGCUUUUCUAAAAAGGUAAAGAUAUAUCUAUAUAUAUUCACGAAGUACCUCAUAAGCCUGACAAAUGCUGCAUUGACUUUUCUCAUUUUUUAUUUUGUCUUCAUAUUGUCCAAUAAAAUGUAAAUAUCCCCUUUAGGAGGUUUGAUUGUCAUAAGGCUGUGCAUAUGCCAUGCAAAACCAGUUCACUGUCAAACAUUUAAAUGGUAUUUUCUGAACCUGAAGCCAAAAUAAAUGGUUGUGUGAGAUUGUGUCAUGUAUGCACUUUUCUUAAAUACAUUUAUCAUCGUUCUAAAUUGUAGCCACAUACUUUCCAUGUUUUGCUUGUUAGGAUGCUGUGAGUGUCCAAAGAAUCCCAAAAAAUUGGUUUCAGUCAGGAAUUCAUGUCAUUUUCCAUCAACAAAACUGGCGACUCCAUACUGUUCGACGUGACCGUUGACUCCGGUAUUGCCAUGAGAGGGCUGUAUCUGCAACUGUUUGUCCUCCCUAUCUUAUUCCACACCUUUGUCUUAAGAUCGCCUUAGAACUUCAAAUGGGGUACCUUCUAGUAUAUUUGGCCUUAAAAGUACAAAAUUAUGCACUAGAAUCCACACCUUGAGAAACCAUGUCAUGCAUGCGCCAUUGCCACAUAUCUACCUCCUAUGACUGUAAGUGUCCUGAAGAUGCAGUCACCUGAUUUUAAUUUGUUCUGUUAAUCUUUUUAAAAUAUUUUUAUGACAAUCGUCCUUGAAUUAUCAAUUAAAUAUUUUUGAAAAGCCCAUGUCUUGACUUUUCACAGUAAACACUAUCCAGGACCUACCAUUUCUGUUUUAACCCAUCAAGGAGUUUUUCUUUAAAUGUCAAUGUAAAGCGACCAAAUGCUUUUUGCAAAGGCAGUCCUGCACAGUACAGUGAACUCAAACCUCCCUUGCGUAUGAUUUAGAUUUUCAGAGUUUUCUCUAUUACCACAUGCUAAAACUGAAUUUGCUGUCAUAUCUAUCAUGGAGAGAUCUUUUUGGUGCUGGUUUAUUGGUUCGAUCCACUGCUAGCAGCUCCUCGUUGUCGAAAAUGUCAGUUUUGAUUUCUAUUACUUUUUUUGUUAACAAUUAUGAUUACAAACACGAGAGAUGCUGUAAAGCCCUGAUAGAAAAUGUGAAUGUUUCAUUUAAUAUAGUUAACUCUGGCUUGACUGUAAAUUGCAUUAAUUCAUAAAAAUAUCAAGUUUCUUAAAGUUUUGUCUUUUACUAUGUAUAUAAAGAUUUGGUUAAAAUGUGAA